AUGCCGAAGCCCCUGCAGAAGUCACAGUGUCUCUGUUCUCGCUGUCUUUCAGUGUCAUCUUGCAUUACAACAUAUAAGAAGACACCACCUCCAGUCCCACCCAGAACUACCACGAAACCUUUCAUUUCUAUCACAGCCCAGAGCAGCACAGAGUCUGCGCAGGAUGCCUACAUGGACGGACAAGGCCAGCGUGGAGACAUGAUCAGCCAGUCUGGCCUCAGCAACUCCACCGAAAGUCUGGACAGUAUGAAGGCUCUGACAGCUGCCAUCGAGGCCGCAAACGCCCAGAUCCACGGCCCAGCAAGUCAACACAUGGGCAAUAACGCUGCUGUCACCACCACCACAACCAUAACCACCGUCACCACUGAAGACAGGAAGAAAGACUUCAAGAAAAACCGAUGUCUAUCUAUUGGGAUACAGGUGGAUGAUGCUGAAGAGCCCGAGAAAACGGGGGAGAAUAAGGCGCCCAGUAAGUUCCAGUCCGUGGGAGUCCAAGUGGAGGAGGAGAAGUGCUUCCGCAGGUUUACUCGGUCCAACAGUGUGACCACCGCAGUGCAGGCUGACCUGGACUUCCAUGAUAAUCUGGAAAAUUCUCUGGAAUCCAUAGAGGACAAUUCAUGUCCCGGCCCAAUGGCCAGGCAGUUCUCCCGGGAUGCCAGCACAUCCACCGUCAGCAUCCAGGGUUCAGGAAACCAUUACCAUGCCUGUGCAGCCGACGAUGACUUUGACACGGAUUUUGACCCCUCCAUCCUGCCUCCUCCGGACCCCUGGAUUGACUCUAUCACAGAAGACCCCCUGGAGGCUGUUCAAAGGUCUGUGUACCACCGGGAUGGCCACUGGUUCCUGAAGCUUCUCCAGGCAGAGCGAGACCGCAUGGAAGGCUGGUGCCAGCAGAUGGAGAGAGAAGAGCGGGAAAACAACCUCCCCGAGGACAUUCUAGGGAAAAUCCGAACUGCGGUGGGCAGCGCCCAACUUCUCAUGGCGCAGAAAUUCUACCAGUUCAGAGAACUGUGUGAAGAGAACCUGAAUCCCAAUGCUCAUCCAAGACCCACUUCCCAGGAUUUGGCGGGGUUUUGGGACAUGCUGCAGUUGUCCAUAGAAAAUAUUAGUAUGAAAUUUGAUGAACUUCAUCAGUUAAAGGCCAAUAACUGGAAACAGAUGGAUCCUCUUGACAAGAAGGAGCGAAGGGCCCCUCCUCCAGUGCCAAAGAAGCCGGCGAAGGGCCCCGCGCCGCUGAUCCGGGAGCGCUCGCUGGAGAGCUCGCAGCGCCAGGAGGCCCGCAAGCGCCUGAUGGCCGCGAAGCGCGCCGCGUCGGUCCGCCAGAACUCGGCCACCGAGAGCGCGGAGAGCAUCGAGAUCUACAUCCCCGAGGCGCAGACCCGGCUCUGAGCGCCGCCGCCGAGGACCGUCCCGCCGCCCUCCCCUCCGCCGCCUUCCCGUCCCCUCCGUCUCUGAGCUCAGUGACCGCCACCCACCGUGGUCGUGGCCCUAGUUGUCCACCUCGCAGGAGCCGUCCCCAAGCCGCCCCACCCCGCUUCCUGGACCACUUUGCCCAUCUUCUCCACCGAGCUUCGCUCCCCUGUGUCCUGAAGCCUCAUGCAGACAUCCAAACCCUUUCUUUUUUCUGGGACAGACAAACCCACCUGUGUAGAAAAAGCCCCCUGUAGGUCACUCACCCUCCUCAGUUCUCUCAAGCUAGCGUGUCCCUAGAACUCAGCAAUAUAAAACCAUAGGGUAUUUCAGAAACCCAGUAUCUCACACAGGGUGAUCCUUUGAGACUUAACCGUCUUCCACGUGAAAAGAAACGAGGGCUCCGAUUCCCUUUAUUUGCCCCCAAAACGGUUAUUUUUACAAAAGCAGACAGAGCGCUUUAUUUCUAAUCUCAGAAAUCACACCAUCUUGUCGGAAUCAGUGGUGACCAAGAGAGGGGGGAUCAAGCUGGCCUGGGGUGGGGGGCCUGGGUGUGUAGGAGAGCAGGGCAAAGUGUGCAGGUACCCUGCGUCUGUACCUUCGCAGCUGAACAAACUGCCUCACUGGUACUCCAUCAAUCACAGCUUCAAAUGUUUCAAUCAGCAGAAGAUUGUAAAUUCGCUCUUUCAGGGAAAUUAAUCUAUUCUGAAAGGCAAUAAAAUGAGGAAAGUUAAGGCAAAGGAAACUCCGAUGGUUUAAGAUCCUAUAUAAGGAAUCUAUUUAUUUAUCUUAUUAUUAAGAAAAUUUAGACCUGAAAUGUUUUAUCAACUUUUCUUGUACUCUGUGUAUUAUAAUGUCAUGGCAGUGGUUUUUA